AACAAGUUGUGCAACUUCUUAGCGCACGGACAAAUGGACUAGCGCGAAACCCGGUCCCCUAGCUCAGGCACCGCAUUCACGUGCACCUUCGCCCUCACGUCUACCUCGACAAUCUUGCAGGCAAUCAUGGCAGAGGCUGAGGAAGCGUCGCCCCGUAGGAGCCUCGAGUUUGCCGAGAGCUCAGUACUGGAAGCCAUUGUGCCUGCAAGUUCCGACGUUGAUAUCAAGAACGAGAUCGACUCUUGGGAUGGUGCACCAGAUGACAACGGCUCUAUAUUGCCCUUCUUAGCACAACGACAUGUGCUGCUCCUCGAUGAACUCCUAGCUGUAUAUGUUGUUUUCCAAACGCCACUAUUAGAAGAAGCGACCUUGAAGUCGUAUCUUGCGAGACUGGUCAUCAGCGUGGAAGCCUUUGCCUUCAGCACGGUUCCUCCGUCUGACCAAGAUGCGAAAGCUACGCCUCCCAAGGAAGUCAUCUUCUCUGGUACCAUCAACCAUAAAGAUGAGCCUACGGUCAUCAAUCAUGGAGAGGGAGACAGUGCUCAUACUUAUGUUGUCUGGAAGGUGGACGUUUUCAUUGCUCGACCUCAGGGCAGAUAUCAUAAGCCCGCAGUGUAUUUCCAGCCCACAGCCUCCUUCAAGCCUACAGAAAAACCUCAAAAGGACGCAUCGGAGGAUGAAUAUCUCCCAAGCCGUACACCUACGCCUCUGAACCUGCUUCAGGCCUUUGAGAGCGAUCCUGCUCUUGUUGGUGUUCAUCCAAGACUCUCAGCAAUGCGUAUCAGCAAGGUCACGCCGAGUGCUCCUGCUGCAAAAGAAAUGGCUCGACCGAUCCGAAACGGUCAAAGACCCUUGUUUCGUGUACUUCCACCAUUGAUUUGGAGGAUGAGGUAUUCGAGGAUCCAGGCAUCAUUAAGUGACUUGUCGUUGAUGGCCUCUUUGGACCUGGAGGUCGCUCAAUUCGCAACUUACGAUGUCAGAAUCAAGAAAGUCAACUUGGCUCUGCAUGGAGGCAAGGUCAAAGAGCUGAACGACGAGCUGGAUACUACGACGAGUCACAAGCCUGGUGAUCAACUGACCUUCUUGUACAAGAUCUGGCCUGACUUGGGCACUGACGGGACACCAGCACUUGGGAGCAAGGGUCAUUACUUGACAUUGAAUGUUGAGGCCAAUGUUACAAUGUCUGAUCAAUGUCAUCCGGAUAUUGCUAUCGAAUGGAAGACGCCCAUUGACUUUGCGUCCGAACAGACGCUCAGCUUGACCAAGGCCAUUCACCGGCAGAGUACCUCUACAAUACAGAGUACAAACGCAGUCAACCCUGACGCAUUUGCCACCCAAGACGCUCAAGACCAGCCCGAACAGGAUGCUUCGAAAAACGACGUUAAUGUUACUCUGACAGUGUCUGGGCCGUCCAGUGUCCAGGUUGGUGAGAUCUUCACAUGGGAUGUGUUCAUUGUCAACCGAUCCGACAAAACACGAAGACUAGCUGUUCUUGUUAUUGCGAAAAGGUCUCAUGAUAUGGGGAGGCACAAAUCACAUCCAUCCACAUCCUCUGUAGGUGGACCUCGAGCAGAGCGAAAAGAGCUUCUCGGUACAGCAGUAGUCGACGAGAACGUUGUGUACGCAAAGCAAAAGAGCGGAAGGACAGAGACAGCCGAGUUGAUUUGCUUGACAACAGACAUUCGUCUGGGACAACUGUCGCCUGGUUCUUGCUAUACAGCUGAUCUCAAAUUUCUUGCACUCUCUGCAGGUGUCUUGUCUGUCGAGUCUAUACGAGUCGUCGAUCUGGUUACCAAUGAAGCCGUUGAUAUUCGUGAGUUACCGAGUGUUGUCGCUGUGGCUCCGUAGCAUCGGGUUAGGUCGUAGCUGAGACUAUCAUUCGGUCGUUGAGGCGUGCAAUAAAUACAACAUGCUACUAUC